GGAGCAGCCGCUAGGUGCUAGCCUAGUGUAGUAGUGCAAUGACAUACUUUUAUACAGAAUUGCUUCUCCAGCGGGACACUGUGCUUUAUUUUCUAGGGUAGCUUUUUCGGCUUUUAUUUGGGUGACACUUUUGCGUGUUGAUUCUUGCCUGAAGUUGGAUGAGAAGAGGUGGUAGUCAACAAUCAGCACAUCCCGAGCAAGAUGACAGAAGAAGUGAUUGUCAUUGCAAAGUUUGACUACAUGGCCCAGCAGGACCAGGAGCUGGACAUCAAGAAAAAUGAACGUCUCUGGCUUCUUGACGACUCGAAGUCCUGGUGGAGGGUUCGAAAUGCGACAAACAAAACGGGCUUUGUACCGUCUAACUAUGUGGAGAGGAAAAACAGUGCUCGGAAAGCUUCUAUUGUCAAGAACCUUAAAGACACACUGGGAAUCGGGAAGGUGAAGAGCAGAAAGGCGGGCGUGAGAGAUGCAGCCUCCAACUCUGAUACCGACAUGUACACUGAUAAUGGCGAGCGGCUGUACGACCUCAACCUACCGGCUUUGGUCAAGUUCAGCUACACAGCAGAGCGUGAGGAUGAGCUGUCGCUGGUGAAGGGCACGCGGGUGGUGGUGAUGGAGAAGUGCAGUGACGGCUGGUGGCGCGGCAGCUACAACGGGCGGUGUGGCUGGUUUCCGUCAAACUACGUGACGGAGGACAUGGAUGGGACAGCAGGGGGAGGGGGAAUGGGAGGGCUCAGUGACCCGUCAGGGUCACUGACAGAAAAGCUUACGGCUGUGGUGAGCAGCCACACAAAUGGAAACAGAGUGCUGCACACAGUGCAGGCGCUCUAUCCCUUCAGUUCAGAAAACGACGAGGAGCUGAAUUUUGAGAGGGGCGAGGUGAUGGAGGUGGUGGAGAAGCCCGAGAAUGACCCGGAGUGGUGGAAGUGCCGCAAAGCGGAUGGACAACUGGGCUUGGUGCCCAAGAAUUACGUCACUGUGCUGGACUCCACCUCCCCAAAGGCCACGGCAGGACCACCUACACCCGACUGUGACUACAUCUCGCCAUCCGGCAGCGGGCGCUUUGCGGGGAAGGAGUGGUACUACGGAAAAGUGACGCGCCACCAGGCAGAGGUAGCGCUCAACCAGAGAGGCGCAGAGGGAGACUUCCUCAUCCGAGACAGCGAGUCAUCGCCAAACGACUUCUCCAUCUCCUUGAAGGCGCAAAGCAAAAACAAGCAUUUCAAAGUGCAGCUGAAGGAAAACCUUUACUGCAUCGGACAGCGCAAGUUCAACUCCAUGGAGGAGCUCGUGGAACACUACAAAAAGGCCCCCAUCUUCACCAGCGAGCAGGGUGAUAAACUGUAUCUUAUCAAGGCUCUGGCUGCUUCCUGAUCACCCCCGCGUACACGCGUCUACACGUCGUAAACCGCACCCAUAUACUGUGUAUGUACAUAAACUGAUGCUGCAGACAUUCGCACCACAGCACACACUAAAGUUACAACCCCAAGGCUGACGAUUUAAUACUUCAUCAGGACUUCAAAUGCCAGAUUUGUGAGCAUUCCAAGAGGAGGUAAGGAAGAAGCACUGGGAAGUCGUGGAAAAAAGCCGAAGGUGGGCAGAAAGACGAACUCCUGUGAGUUGACUGCGGACGUUUUGGUUGACUUAUUUUAAAUUAUCCAGAUGUUUGGUCUUGCGCAGUGCCAUGUAUUUCUACCUUAUAUCUUUUAGAUUUACAUUUAGUUUUCUGUUGUUGGUCACAUGUAAUCUUUUUAACCAUGUUUUAAAAGUGAUUUUCUUUCUUAAUUUAUUUUUCUUUUAAUUUUUUUUUAAACGUAUUCAUUACACAUCGCAUUUGACAAUUUUUACAUGUUUGGUCUUGUUGCGCAUUCUGUAUUUCAACUGUUAUUUUUAACUUCCUUAUGCACACGUUUCCUAACUGCUAAAUGAAACUUGAGUGACCAAAAUGUAUUUAUUGACACAAUAGUAUUAGGGUUUUUAUGGUGGCUGUAGAGAUCCGGGUGUCUCACUGUGCAUCUGUUUUUGAAGAUUCGGUGGACUUCUCAAGUCAAGCUUGGCACCAUUUGAUGGUCAGUUUUGGCUCAUUUCCUUUUCCCUGUUGCCACAUAAUGUGAAUGUUGGAAAGACCUCUGAUUUUAUUUUAAAAAAUAAAAUAAAAUUUGUAGGGUUUGGCCAAUGGAGGUCAUGAGAAGAGUCGACAAGAAUUUUCUUUCCCUUUGCUCAUUGGGACGCUUCUCUGCAAAACUGGGGGCCAGUCCAAGCCGUCCAGAGGAUGAUGUCACUGCUCCUGAAUUAGUUAUUGCUGCCCGGAACAGAGGAGUAAAGGGUCACCCAGGGGUCACGCUUGUGCGGCUGCGUAGCGUAUACACAAAGUGAGGAGACGCCCUCCUCCUCACGCAGCCACAAAGGAGUUACAGAGAACGAUUCCUUAUGUGCUUCUGGACUAAACUGUUCAAGACUUGUUUGAUAAGUGGAACAUGACGUCUAAUUAUUCCGCUUAGGUCAUCAAAGGUUGGUACAGAGUUUGGGGGAAUUUUGCAUGUUUUGUCUAAAUUCGUGGUUGGUGUCAAGUUAGAAUGGUUUUUCACUAGAGUGCAGACGGUUUAUGUUUCCAGUGAAGAAUGGCCAUUGGUAGUGUGGAAAUGGACCAAGCUGAAUGUGAAAUGGCAGCAGCACAUAGGGGCAGCUGCAAUCAAACUGCAGCAGCGUUGGCUGGGAGCCGGUGCUGCAGCAGCGGGUUUAGGAAGGCGAUGAUCACAAUGCUGCAAUGAUGACUUCUCCAGCUGUGGGGAGUUUGGACUCGAGCACUGAGAGGAAGAGGAAUGGAAAAAUGAUCCGACGUAAUAAACUGGGGAGAUCUUGGAGGAUCUGCUGAUACUGCUCCCAGUCACAUGGGUGGGGGGAAUAAAUGGAGGCAAACGCUGCAGCUAAAAGAGAGGAGGACCUCUGAAUCUAAGCUUGCCUGCCCAAAUGUAGACCUGGCACUCAAUUUAUACUUCACUCAUGGUGUCCGUAUGUGUCCUUGGACAAGACACUUUAUCAGUCCACCCACCUGUAAAGGGGUACUGGCCUUGGCUGAGGAAGUAAUGAGACUCUCAAUCUGUUCCGUGGAAAUCGUAGACGUUGCAUCGGCACAAACAGGCCUCAAGGUCCAUAUCGGACUCAGUUCUUGUGUGUUUAAAGGGCCACUUGACCAUUAAUGGCCCGUAACUGUUAUUUAAACUAGUGUAGCACAUUUGUGCCUCUGUCUCUCAGAUUGUUGUCUCGCUAUCAGUCACAAGCUUGAUAUUUGCAUUUUAUAUCACUGGCUAUUAGGUCGGUACCGUUUCUGAGGAAAACGUUGGCCUGCAGUACUAAUCUGGCGCUAGCAGGAAGUGGUUUCAGUGAAAAUUUCCUCCUCCGACGUCCAACUCAGACGGCAUCUUGCAGUGUUGGAAUGAACACACGUGGGAGCCAUGCCCCAGUUUGAAGGAUUUUGUGGAGAUUUAAAUGUGCCUUCACUGCACUCUGUCCACCAAAGCUUUUGGCGUCCCUCAUGUCAUUUCGUUAGCACUGCUUCUACUUACUUCUCUCAUCCCUCCUGUUUGGUUAAAGCUUUGCAUGUAUGUCAAUUAAGCCUGAUUUGUGAGUGCAUCGUUUGUCAUUUCUUCUUCGAGUGCUCACUUUGUUGUGGAUUGCUGUAGCUGAAAAUGUCAGUCACAGCUGUUUGCUUUUCUAAUAGUUUGUGGCAUCAAGUGACCUUAACAUAGCUGACGUCAUUUGGUUAAUUAGUAACAGUGAAUGCCGACAUUUAUAAAAUACCCUGAUCAUUCAGAAUCAUAAUCCCAGGUGUAAUAUAAUCAUGACCUACAUCUCCCGUGUGGGUGCCGUGAAGGCAAACCUGAAGAAACUGUCAUGGUGUAAAAGGAAACGCUUUUUUCUUUAUCCUUCUUUUCCAAAAUUAGAUUUAUUUCAUGUAAUAAAGCGAGCCUCUAUACUAUGAAACUGAACUAUAGGAUUACCCUGCAUGGAUAUUAUAAAACGGGAUCAUCCUCACGUUCCACCCAUGCAGGCUGCAUGAUGAGCCUGAGCUGUACAGACAUUGUUUCAGUUCUUUGAAAUUGACGUCGGCUGUGACUAAUAUCAGGAAACUCGCAAACAAUUUGUGAAACAAUACGGUGAAGCUGUAACUUUAACAGCCGCUUAAAUGCUCCUUUGCUAACUUGCUUAAUCUACACUGGUUUCUUGAAAACCAAAAUUACCUGUGUUGACUGGUGCUUUUGUGCAGGUUGCAUGUUCUAGGGUGUUCUUUGCCUGCCAAAGAACUUGAGAAUGCAGAGAUGAUGGAUCCAUGCUGUGGAAUGAUUAAAGCGGUGCUGUGAAAGCAAAUGUUAUGCUAUUAAUACUGCUUUCAUGGAGGGGAGAAUGUUUGUUUAGUUUAUUCGUGUUCAAAUGUAAUAAACUAUAUU